GAUCACAAAUGAGCUUUUCCAUAAUGAUCAAUAGGAGAGGUAGUAUAUUCAAAUUUCCCCUUUGAAUUUCCAUCGAAGUUCCGAUAAUUCUAGGGUUUCCGACGGGGACGAAAUUGUGCUAUCAGGCUGUGUAUUGAGAGAUUCGGCGAUGGGGAAGAACGACAAGACGGGGCUGGGGCGAGCUCUUGUGAGGCAGCACAACCAGAUGAUCCAGCAGUCUAAGGAGAAAGGCCGAUUCUACAGGUCUCAGCACAAGAAGGUUUUGGAAUCCGUCACGGAGGUCAGCGACAUCGACGCCGUCAUCCAACAAGCCGACGAGGCCGAGCGCCUCUUCUCCAUCGAUAACCCUGUCCCCAACUUCCCUAUCAAGCUGGAUGGAAGUUCGAGCACGAGUGAAAUGACGCCUGAGGAAAGGAGAGAGCAGCAGAAGAUAGAGGAGGCUUUGCACGCCAGUAGUCUACGAGUUCCACGUAGGCCGCCGUGGAAUGCUCGGAUGUCUCCGGAGGAGCUUGAUGAUAAUGAGCGACAGUCUUUCUUAACAUGGCGUCGUAGCCUUGCAAGGCUUGAGGAAAACGAGAAUCUUGUUCUUACGCCAUUUGAGAAAAACCUAGAUAUAUGGAGACAGCUUUGGCGGGUCGUUGAGCGAUGUGAUUUGCUUGUGAUGGUUGUCGAUGCUCGAGACCCUCUAUUCUACCGCUGCCCUGACCUUGAGGCAUACGCAAGAGAGGUUGAUGAGCACAAAAGGACAUUGCUUCUCGUGAACAAGGCAGAUCUGAUACCUUACUCUGUCAGGAAGAAAUGGUCAGAGUUUUUCGGCCUUCAUGAGAUAUUAUAUGUGUUUUGGUCCACUAAAGCUGCUUCUGCCACUCUAGAAGGGAAAAAGCUUAGCAGUCGAUGGGAUACUAAUGAACCUGAGAAUGGUAUGGAUGAUACUGAUACAAAAAUAUAUGGUAGGGAUGAGCUUCUGGCUCGUGUACAGUACGAGGCAGAACAGAUUGCCGAGAGGAGGAUGAAGUCACUCACUAGCACUACAAGGCAGUCGGAUAAUAUUACACUAGGUGGAAAUACAAACGAAAGAGCGUCGUCAAGUAGCGUCAUGGUGGGAUUUGUUGGGUAUCCAAAUGUGGGGAAAAGCUCAACAAUUAAUGCUUUAGUAGGCCAAAAACGAGCAGGAGUCACCUCUACUCCCGGGAAGACGAAGCACUUCCAAACAUUGAUUAUUUCAGACAAGCUUACGCUAUGUGACUGCCCUGGUUUAGUGUUUCCUUCAUUUUCGAGCUCAAGAUAUGAAAUGAUUGCUUAUGGAGUAUUGCCUAUUGAUCGAAUGACAGAGCAUAGAGAGCCUAUUCAGGUUGUUGCGAAUCGAGUUCCCAGGCACGUGAUUGAGGAUGUGUACAAGAUCAGUCUGCCGAAACCAAAACCUUACGAGCCACAGUCUCGGCCACCCCUAGCAUCAGAACUUCUGAAAGCGUAUUGCGACUCCCGUGGUUAUGUUGCUUCUAGUGGGCUGCCUGAUGAAACUAGAGCUUCCCGCCAAAUUUUGAAGGAUUAUGUCGAUGGGAAGAUUCCACAUUAUGAAUUGCCUCCAGGAAUGUCAAAUGAGGAUGAUAAUCAGGAAGAAGAUGCUUCAACUCCCAGGCUAUCUGAAACACACGAUUCAGACUCAGACGAAGUCGAGGACUCCUCAAAUGUGGAUAGUGAAAAUUCCCCUGGUUUCGAACAUGUGACGGGCUAUCUUGAUUCAUUUGACAUAGCAAAUGGACUAAAGACAAACGUCAUUGCUGAGAAGAAGCCGAAGACAUCUCAUAAACACCACAAGAAGCCGCAGAGAAGAAAGAAUCGGUCAUGGCGGGUCGGGAACGACGAUGGCGAUGGUAUGCCUGGAAUGAGAGUGUUCCAGAAGCCAAUAAACUCAGUCCCCCUGAACGUGGUUCCAUGAGGUUUCAAUGUGAGGUAUGAGAAUUUGAACCUUCAACUUCAAGAGAAGUAGGUGUCAUUUACAGUUGAGUUAUGUACAUAUUAGCAUAUUGUAGUUCCCGGUAAGCUAUCUUAGAGUUGUGGAGAGAGGUCGUAGGAUUGGUUUACCACUUUAUUUAGGCUUCCAUCUGAUUUGUUUGUUUUGCUUAAGACACUUUAAGAAGUUGAACUGCAAUGAAUAUUAUACCCAUCAGAGGGAGGUCUCUUCUAUUGUCCUAUCAGUGGGUGUGUAUUGUUUAAAAAAAUUGUAAUCUUGA